AUGUUCGAACUGCCUGAGAAAGACAGACUGGCGUCCCUGGAAGAGAAGAACUUGCAUUCCGAGCAGACGGAAGGUGAUCCAGGCGACACGCAUGAAUCCUAUUCGGACAACCACCCAUCCACAAGCGACCCUGGAUAUGCCGUUAACGAUCCAUUUGCGUUCGGCCUCGGUGGCGGUGACUCGUUCCUGCAACCAUCGACCGCCUCCCUCGCCAAGGCAAUCGAUCUUUACUUUCGCCACUGUCACCGACAACCGAUAUGGUGCUUUGAGCGCGAUGACCUUGACGACCCGGACCGACUUUCGGAAGAACUCAUAUACAGCAUAUUAGCCUUGACGGCACGCUUUACGCCUGAACACGCCCAGCUACAGCAUCAUGCCAACACCGCGCGAACAUUAGUGAUGCUCCGUGUGGCGAAUGGAACGGUCAAGUUGGAGACGAUUGAAAGUCUAUGCUUGCUAUCAUACUCAUCAUUCAUCGAUGGAGAUCUACACCUAGGCCGGUUCCAUCUUGGACUUGCAUUCCAGCUCUGUCGGUCCGCUGCACUAGAUCAGGCAUCAACGUAUACCGUCGAAGACUCCUUGACAGAGGAGAAGAGACGCCUUUUCUGGAGUCUCCAGUCACUGGAACAGACAUACGGUCAACAGUGCAGUUUCAACAUCAACCAGCUAGACAAUGUACGCCCUUCGUGGACCCCGACGAAUGGAAGUCGGAGUUUGCAGAAAGAGAUAGAAGCGUCCCGGCCCCCAUUGCCAAGCGACCACCUGGGCUGUUCCAGUGCAACCGAUAUCGGCAUAUGGAAUCUAUCAAUCCAUUUCGGAUGGGUCUGGAACCGGGUGAGAACUUACAUAUCCGAUUCCGCGCAGAGUAAAUUAACGGAGCCUUGGAGAUACGACUCGAUGUGCACGAUGAUCCUGUCUGAUCUCACCGAAGUGGAAAACAAGCUGUCUCAAUGUCAUCGGUACGAUUCUGUCAAAUUCUAUGAGCGCACGGCGGACGACCUCAACAUCAAUCGGAGCUACUGGGCGCCGUGGCUCAAACUGCAGUUCACAUACCAUUCCAUCUUGACCGUGCUGAACCACCCGUUUCUGUAUAUCGUCGCGUCGCAGUACAACCCCAACCUCGCGAUACCGAAUGCCUUCUGGCGCAGGUCUUCGGAGCUGGUAUUGUUGCAUGCCACUUGGAUCGUCCGAAUGAUCGAUAUGGUGCACGAGAAGCGCAUGCGUCUGAUAGAUCCGUUUUUCGGCCACAGUGCAGCCAUUGCCGCGACGGUGCAUCUGUACUACUGUUGCGCCGCGGAUCCUCGCUUGAAGCAGAAAUCCAAGACCGACUUUGACCGAACCUUAGACAGGCUGAUCCAUAUCGCGUCAGGAUCAACCCAUUUUGACUACGACUGGACACCGUGCAAGAUUCAUCUGAGUGUGCCCUUGAUGUGGGAUAUCUUGCAGCUUAACUGUAACCCCGGCACCCACGACACCUCCGGUAGUAGUCUUCUGCACUCCUCGCUUGUCCCUUCCAUCUCCCGAGAGGAUGAUGGAGAUGGCAACCCUACCUCUACACUGGAGAUCAUUGUUGCGACAUCACCAGAAGUGACGGUUAAUACGGCAGAUGGAGGACAGGCUGCCCACAUGCCACCAAACAUGCCGAAGAUGUCUGCGUCGCCUCCUUCCCCGGGCAAUAUUGUUCUCGGAGACAAGGUGGUCGCCCCUGCGGACAGUCUUAUGUUUAAUACCCCCUGGCUCUGGACCGAUCCAGGGCAGUUCAGUGACAUGGAGAACAUGGAGUUCCAAGAGCCGGAUUCUACGAUUGGGAAUGUUGAUGGGUUUUCGACUUGGGCCUUAUUCCUCCCAGCCCCGGUUGAAGGAUCCUCCAAGGGAUUCCUCCUUGGCAUGAGGAAGAAGAAUGUGGGAGCGCACGAACUAGAGGCUGAGAUUCGGAGCCUUCCCGUGGGCAAACCAAACCCUGAUAAAUGA